CAUUUAUAACUCAGCUAUAAACCGGAAGUAAGACAAAAACAUACAAAACCACAGUUACUCUGACUAAAAAGAGAACUGAUUUUUUCGGUUAUGGAUGUGUAAACAGACGAUACCGCUGUCAGCCUGUGAAUGAGAGGAGAUGAGGGCAACUUUCAACUGCAGAAAUUCCGAAUCAUAAACUCCUGUAUGUACGCAGGUGCACUACACAGGUAGUCUCACUUCCUGUUUUUGCAGCCCACCCAUAACAGUGUCCCCUCUUUCUUUUGAGUGAUAAGAGUCAUGGCUGGAUCAGAAGAGGAAAAACAGUUGGAAGUCAUAUCGACGUUAACUAAACAGGCUAUUGAUGAAUAUGAAGACCUUAAGCGUGAAAAUUACAGAACCAAAGAAGAGUUUGCACAGAUUAAAGAGGAGAGAGAUGAUGCAGUUAAGAAGCUGAAACAACUCGAAAAAAUUUCCCAGCUGGUCGUCGAAGAAGUUGUUGUGAUUCAGAACCACCUUGAAAUUGAGAAGACUUGUCGUGAAAAUGCUGAAGCAGUUGCAUCAAAUCUUAGUAAAGAAAACAAGACCCUUAAGAGGUUGAGUAUGAAAUACCAAGCUAAGCUGGGUCCAAAUUUUAUUACAGAAGAAAUUAAUAUUGAUGACGAUGACUCCAUCUCCAGCAGUGAUGAAGGAUCAGAGGCAGCAUGCUCCUCAUUACAGUACCAGGAAAAAUUAAAAGAACUUGAGAAAAAACUACUGGAGUUACUAGAGGAGAAGAAAACACUGUCAUUUGAAGUAGAGAACUUCAGGAGCCAACUACAAGAACUAAAUGACGAGGUUACUAAAGAAAAGCAGAAAAAUAAUGUCUUGGCUGCUGAAGUCCUUCGACAAAAGAAGUUGUUGGAAAGCUACAACAGAGUGUCUGUAUUGGCAGUAGAAGAGUAUGAAGAACUGCAUGACUACUUGGAAGUGGAAAAAGAAAUGCGGAAAAAGGCUGAAAUCUUUGCACAUGAGAUGCUUGUUGAGCAGAAAAAGCUGAAAAGACAAAGUCAAAUUUUGUUGGAAAGCACUGCACCAAAUCAACAGUUACAGAAAGCUCUAGAUGACAUCGCUAAAAUUACACAGACUCUGGAACAAGAACGGAUUCAGCAUCAGCAGAAAGUCAAUACAUUAGAAGAGCAGUUAGAGAGCAAAGCAGUACAGAAGGAAGUAACCGCACUGAAUCGUCAAAUAGAACUUCUAGAGGAACAGAAAAAGGAGUUGGAAAUUAAACAUCUUAGUGCUGAAGAGCAAGUGAAAGACCUCAAGUAUAUGGGUAAGCUUUAUGCGACUUAG